UACAGAGCGCUAGUCAGGUUCAGUUAGAUUCACGUUCCAUCUCAUGCCUCAUCCGUCAGAAUAUACAGAGCGCUAGUCAGGUUCAGUUAGCUUCACGUUCCAUCUCAAGCCUCAUCCAUCAGAAUAUACGGAGCGCUAGUCAGGUUCAGUUAGCUUCACGUUCCAUCUCAUGCCUCAUCCAUCAGAAUAUACAGAGCGCUGGUCAGGUUCAGUUAGCUUCACGUUCCAUCUCAAGCCUCAUCCAUCAGAAUAUACGGAGCGCUAGUCAGGUUCAGUUAGCUUCACGUUCCAUCUCAUGCCUCAUCCAUCAGAAUAUACAGAGCGCUGGUCAGGUUCAGUUAGCUUCACGAUCCAUCUCAGGCCUCAUCCGUCAGAAUAUACAGAGCGCUAGUCAUCAGGAAGAUACAAAAGCCCAGAGAUGACAUCAUGUUAAGAUCCCAACUUAUUUAUCUCGUGAUCAUGACAUAAACGUUUUUGUUGUUGUUGAGCUGACAAGAUAAACUCUAUAACUAGGAGUGGACAUAUUGAUAAUAAAUUGACGUUGUGGCUCAGGCAUAACCCAUUUUUGUUGUUGUAGACCCGGACAAACAUACCUGAUUUAGGUAGCUGACAAGUUGAGUCGGGUGUGUUUGUCUGGGGACACAAUAAAACUGUACUGUUGUAGUAAUAACUGAGGGAUGUCUCCUUUCAUAUCUGGAAAAGGACAAAGUAGAAGUAGAGAGAUGUGAAUUAAUAAUAAUUGGUUGGAUUUAUAUAGCAUUCUUCUACCACCUGAGGUGAGGUACUCAAAGUGCUUUACAUAGUAGUGGGAAACUCACCUCAUCCACCAUCAAUGAGCUGCAUCCAGCUUCUUCACCAAGUUGUCUGGAGUUGUCUUAAAGUAACCCAGUACCAGGCUGUGCAUAGGGGGUAAAUUGUGGCAAAAUUAACGUUAUCCAAACAUGGGUCUAAUUUAUUUUAUUUUUUUCCUGGUUUUCUUAUACUGUGUCUCUCAGAUAUAGGACAGACACUUCAAAACCUUGUUCCUUAGGAUUUAUUUUCUGACUGUCUGUUUUGCCGUUUAUAAACACGUUAUUCAAUGCUUUUCUAUGGGCUUUAGCGGAAAAGGCCAAAUUAGACCUAGAGGGGUUAAAAUGGCUGUGUUUUAUUGGAAUUUGUGCAUGUUUAGAGCGCCACCAUUAGAUAAAAGCAAUGACAAUUUAUUAUGAUUUUUUAUUUAUUUUUUUGCAAAUCUCUUAUUCCCCAGCAUGGGGACAAUUCGGGAACCAAAACCAAAAAAUACCAAAAAACUGACAUAUUUUGUAUGUCUUUUCUUUGACUGCUGUUGCUCUGUCUUAGUUAUGUUGUUGUACCAGAAUCCCCCGGGUUCUUAUGUGUUUGUAAGGACUUCUAGUUUUGAAAUUAAAAAAUGUAUCUCAUGAAGGUAGUUUACAAUAUAUGUGUUGCUUAGAAAAUGCCACCAGAGGGCGCCAGAGUUUUAACUGUUUUGUCCUUCUAUUUUCUACUGGGGUUGAGCACCAAUGGCAUCUAAAUAUUUUACUAAAUAUUAUGUAGAAAAAUGGUAGUAAUGUAAGUAAAAGCAAAUAAUAAUGUACAUGUAUUUCUCACAAUAGUGCAUAUGUUGGGGCUUGUAGAUUAUGACGCUACAUGCUUUGUUGUUUAACAGUCUCUGUUUAACAGUCUCCACUGACCUACAAUGGCCCCAUCUGUUUAACAGUCUCCACUGAUCUACAAUGCCCCCAUCUGUUUAACAGUCUCCACUGAUCUACAAUGGCCCCAUCUGUUUAACAGUCUCCACUGAUCUACAAUGGCCCCAUCUGUUUAACAGUCUCCACUGAUCUACAAUGCCCCCAUCUGUUUAACAGUCUCCACUGAUCUACAAUGGCCCCAUCUGUUUAACAGUCUCCACUGAUCUACAAUGGCCCCAUCUGUUUAACAGUCUCUAUAAUGGCCCCAUCUGUUUAACAGUCUCCACUGACCUACAAUGGCCCCAUCUGUGAAAGAGUGUCUCCUGGCCGUUCUGGAUGAUCUCGGCUCUGACGAGCUGAAGAGAUUUAAGUGGCAUCUGACUACAGAAAACCAGCUGGAUGGCUUCCCUCACAUUCCAAAGGGCCAGCUGGAGACAUCUGACAGACUGGACAUAGUGGAUCAGAUGGUGCAGUACUACAGGGGGAAUGUGGCUGUGCAGAUCACACUGGACAUCCUGAAGAAGAUUAGCCGCAACGACCUCGCUGAGAAGCUGAACUGUCCAAUAGGUCCUUCAGAUGAAGAUGGGGAGAAGUUCCAACAUGAAUUUAAACUGAAAGUAAAAAAGAAGUUUCAGCAUGUAUUCAACGGGGUACCAAAGCAGGGCCAUAAGCAACUUCUCAAUGAGAUCUACACAGAGCUCUACAUCACAGAGGGUGGAAGUGGAGAGGUCAAUCAGGAACAUGAGGUGAGACAGAUCGAGAUCACGUCCAAGAAUCCAGCAAGACCAGAGGCUAAAAUCCUCUGCAAUGACAUCUUCAAACAAUCAUCAGGACAAGACAAACCUAUCAGAACUGUGCUGACAAAGGGAGUCGCCGGCAUUGGAAAAACAGUCUCUGUGCAGAAGUUCAUUCUGGACUGGGCUGAAGGGAAAGCCAAUCAGGAUAUCCAAUUCGUAAUUUCACUCCCUUUUCGGGAGCUGAAUUUGAUGAGGGGGGAAAAGUACAGUUUUGUAGGACUUCUACAUAAAUGUGUCUUAGAGAAUGGAGUGAUUGAGAGGGACUUUUUGAAUCACAUUUUAACAAAAUUGCAAAAACCGGUAAACCACAAUGACAGCAAGUACAAAGUUGUAUUUGUCCUUGAUGGUCUGGAUGAGUGCCGACUGACCCUCGACUACGAGACCGGUAAGAGCUGGAGUGAUGUCACAGAGCCAACCUCAGUGGACGUGCUGCUGACAAACCUCAUCAAGGGAAAUCUGCUUCCCUCUGCUCUCCUCUGGAUAACCUCCCGACCCGCAGCAACCAAUCACAUCCCUCCUGAGUGUGUUGACCAGGUGACAGAGGUACGAGGGUUCAAUGACCCGCAGAAGGAGGAGUACUUCAGGAAGAGAUUCAGUGAUGAGGACCUGGCCAGCAGAAUCAUCUCACACAUAAAGACAUCAAGGAGCCUCCACAUCAUGUGCCACAUUCCAGUCUUCUGUUGGAUCUUAGCUGCAGUUCUGGAGCAUGUGUUGAGUACAGAUGAGAAUGAAGAGAUGCCCAAGACUCUGACUCAAUUAUUUAUUGGGUUACUGAUGUUUCAGACCAAACAGAUGAAUGAUAAAUAUCACAAGAAAGGUGAGCGAGAUCCACGCAGGGAUAAAGAGAGCUUCAUGGCACUGGGGAAACUUGCUUUUAACCAGCUGGAAAAUGGCAACCUCAUUUUCUAUGAGGCGGACCUGGAAAAGUAUGGCAUUGAUGUCACCGAAGCCUCAGUGAACUCAGGAGUGUGUACCCAGCUCUUUAGACAGGACUAUGGGCCGUUCCAGGACAAGGUGUACUGCUUUGUGCAUCUGAGCGUUCAGGAGUUUCUGGCUGCGUUAUACGUUUUCCUCUCCUUCAACAACAGCCAUGUCAACCCGAUGACCGACGACCGAUCCUUCAUCAGAAAAUGUCUAGUGAAGUUGAAUCCUGCCAUCACCUUCCACACGAUUGCAGUGGAUAAAGCCUUACAGAGUGAGAAUGGACACCUGGACCUGUUCCUCCGCUUCCUUCUGGGCCUCUCACUGGAGUCCAAUCAGACUCACUUACAGGGCCUACUGACACAGACAAGAAGCACCAGAAGCAGCUCACGGGGCCACGAGAAAACAGUCAAGUACAUCAAGAAGAAGAUCAGGAACACUCCCUCUCCAGAGAGGAGCAUCAAUCUGUUCCACUGUCUGAAUGAACUGAAUGACCAUUCUCUAGUGGAGGAGAUCCAAAGAUACCUGCAUUCAGGAAAUCUGUCCAAAACCAAACUAUCACCUGCACAGUGGUCAGCUCUGGUCUUUGUGUUGCUGACUUCAGAAGAGGAGCUGGAUGUGUUUGACCUGAAGAAAUACUCCAGAUCAGAGGAAGGUCUUCUGAGGCUGCUGCCAGUGGUCAAAGCCUCCAGAGCUGUUCUGCUUAAUGGCUGUAACCUCACUGAGAAAUGCUGUGAAGCCUUGGCCUCAGCUUUCAGCUCAACCUCCUCAAACCUGAGAGAGCUGGACCUGAGUGAUAACAACCUGCAGGAUUCAGGAGUGAAGCUGCUCUCUGCUGGACUGGAGAAUCCCCACUGUAAACUGGAGACUCUGAGGUUGUCACGCUGUCUGAUCACAAAGAAAGGCUGUGCUUCUCUGGCCUCAGCUCUGAGGUCCAACCCCUCCUACCUGAGAGAGCUGGACCUGAGCUACAAUAUCCCAGGAGAGUCAGGAGUGAAGCAGCUCUCUGCUGGACUAGAGGAUCCACACUGGAGACUGGAGAAACUCAAUGUUGACCACCGUGGAGAGUACUGGCUGCUGAAAAAAUAUGCCUGUGAUGUCACACUGGACCCGAACACAGCAUGCAGACACCUCUCUCUGUCAGAGGGGAACAGGAAGGUGACACGGGGGAUAGAGAAGCAGCCGUAUCCUGAUCACCCAGAGAGAUUUGAGGACUGGCCACAGGUGCUGUGUAGAGAGGGUCUGACUGGGCGCUGUUACUGGGAGGCAGAGAUGAGUGGGAGAGGGGAUGACAUAGGAAUGACAUACAGAGGAAUCGCCAGGACAGGAAACACCGAUGACAGUAAGCUUGGAUGCAAUGACAAGUCCUGGAGUCUGAGCUGCUCUGAUUACGGUUUCACUGCCAGGCACAAUAAGGAGAGAACUGACUUACCUGCCUCCCCCUCGUCCAACAGAGUAGGAGUGUAUCUGGACUGGCCGGCCGGCACUCUGUCCUUCUACUCUCUGUCCUCCUCCGACGCACUCACCCACCUACACACAUUCCGCUCCACAUUCACUGAGCCCCUCUUUCCAGGGUUUUGGGUAGAAAUAAACUCCUCAUUGUCCCUAUGUGAGGUCAAAAACCUGUAGGUGGUAAAGAACGGUUGUUGUUGUUAUUGAUUGGAGUUUGUAAAAAAAAAAAAAUAAUAAUAAUAUAUCCCAUUUAGCAGACGCUUUUGUCCAAAGCGACUUACAAGUCGGCUGGGGCCACUACUUUUACAUAUGGGUGGUCCCAGCGGGAAUCGAACCCACGACGCUUGGCGUUGCAAGCGCCAUGCUCUACCGACUGAGCCACACAGGACCCCUGUAAAUAAUGUUUCUUUAGUCAAAUGGUUGACAUCACAUCCUGAUUCUGUGUGAAGUCAAUAACACCGAAUGGUCCUUUCCUGGUAGACUGAUUCUGUGUGAAGUCAAUAACACCGAAUGGUCCUUUCCUGGUAGACUGAUUCUGUGUGAAGUCAAUAACACCGAAUGGUCCUUUCCUGGUAGACUGAUUCUGUGUGAAGUCAAUAACACCGAAUGGUCCUUUCCUGGUAGACUGAU